UAAACACUGGUGGAACAGAGCGUUUAUGUGGUAACGUACACAGUGAUAAGCAUUUGAUGCGGUGUGCGAUUGUUAAAUAUUUUUUUAUUUUAUUUAAUUUAUUAUUUGGAAAGUAAAUAAUAUUUUUCUCACAACUUUUAAAUGAAGCAUAUAUUCAAUUUAUUUGAAAUAGCUGCAACAUGACCUCUACACUACGGUAGAAAAGUAAGCUUCGUUAAUUAAUUUAAAGAUCCUACGCAGAAGAUGGCGGGUGGGGUGACAGGCGUGCUCCUGUACGCGGUGAGCGCCGCGGUACUGGGCAUGCUGCAGUUCGGUUUCAACACGGGUGUCAUCAAUGCUCCUCGUCCCUUCAUCGAAAACUUCAUCAGCUCACAGUACGAUGCGAACCCCGGCACCAUAUUCAGCGUCAUCGUCAGUAUCUUCGCUGUCGGUGGUAUGAUCGGAUGUCCCUUCGCCAGCUGGAUGCUUGAGAAAUACGGCCGCAAAAACGCACUUGUCGUCAAUUCUAUGAUUGGUGUCCUUGGUGCUAUCUUUAUGGGCUUCAGUAAACUUGCAAACUCAGUGGAGAUGAUCAUUAUUGGUAGAUUCAUCAUUGGAGUAAACUGCGGCUUUGCAACAACAGCCUCCCCCACUUACGUAUCCGAAGUAGCACCGGUGAGGUUAAGGGGAGCAUUUGGUACAGUAAAUCAGCUGGCGGUUGCGUUUGGAUUGGUUGGAGCUCAGAUCUUGGGUAUCGAUAUGAUAAUGGGAGAUGAUGACGGUUGGCCAUGGCUGCUUGGACUUGCAAUUUUCCCAUCAGCCAUUCAGUUCGUGAUGAUUAUAUUUGCACCUGAAAGUCCUCGUUACUUACUGCUGGUCGCUCGGGAUGAAGAGACCGCUAGGGCCGAGCUAGCUAAAAUCCGAGGUACGAGUGAAAUCGAUGAUGAGAUCAAUGAUAUGCAUGUAGAAGAUCGUGCAGCUAGACAGGAGGAGAAGUUCUCCAUCCUAGACUUGUUUAAAAUUAAAGCUCUUCGCCAGCCGCUUAUUAUUGGAAUCGUAAUGCAUUUGUCUCAGCAAUUGGGAGGCAUUAAUGCGGUUCUGUACUACUCCACCACAAUAUUUGUGAAUGCAGGCCUAACACAGAAGGAUGCUGGGUUGUCUUCAAUAGGUGUUGGCAGCAUGUUGUUUAUAAUGGCCCUCGUGUCGAUUCCUCUUAUGGAUCGUCUAGGAAGACGAACACUGCAGCUGGUUGGCCUUGCAGGUAUGGCACUGUUCUCUGUGCUCAUGACUGUAGCUUUCUUCACCUAUACCGACAACACUACGAUGAGUAUUUUCGCCGUUAUAUUUACGUUCCUUUACGUGGCGUUCUUCGGAGUGGGUCCUAGUUCGAUACCGUGGAUGUUGCUCUCAGAAUUGUUCGGGCAGGGCGCCCGCAGUGCGGCCGUCAGUGUCGGGGCCCUCGUCAACUGGUUCGCUAACUUCAUCGUAGGGUUAACCUUCAUUCCGAUGUCUGACGCGUUCGGCAACUAUGUGUUCUUGCCAUAUACGGUCCUCCUCAUUCUGUUCUUUAUCUUCACGUACCUGCAGUUGCCAGAGACGAAGAAUAGGACGAUCGAAGAAGUGACAGCUCUCUUUAAAAAGUAAUAGAGACUAGACUUAAGCGACAUUCCUUAGAUGUAAGCAUACUAUUGCGACCUGCAAUAACUUUACACAGCAUUAAUGUGAUAGAACUGCAUGAAAUUCGAUUUACUUGAAUAAUAUAGAUGCGCGAGUGUUAUCUAUGUCCUUUCUACCAGAUUUAUAUAAAAAUGGAAAGACUGAACACCAAACUUAUAUUAAAUGGAGUCGUUUAAAGAUUCUUCAUACUUGAUAUACCUUUGAAUAAAGUACUUAUUUAACGAUUAAUCUAAAUAAACUACAAGUAUUUUAGAAGACGAUUACUAUAUUAAUAAUUCCAUUUAUAAAUAAAAUAUUAUGAAUCCCUAUUUAGAAAUCAUGGUAUUUGUAUUUAUUGAAUAAUAUGUAGUAAGUAAAAAGGUUUAUAAAUAUUCACUUUGUAGCGAUUGUACGCAAAUCGUAAAUUGUGUUGAUGUUUCGAACAACAUUUUAUUGUUAAUUUAUUGAUGAAUGUGUUACCUACUCUUUGUUUGUAUGUUAUUGUUGUAUUUCCGAAGGUUCGAGGACCAAGUUAUUUUCUGUAUAUACUUUUUUAUUGUUAUUUAGGUAUUAUUAAGUUUACAUGGUGCUGGUAUCGCCGAAUUUGGACAACGCACUUUUAGAUAUUUGUAUAAUUUUUUGGUGCUUUAUUUUUGUUUUCGAUUAUCUUAUUCUAGUGCCUUAACUUUUGUUUGACAGUGACGUUAGAGGGUUUUAGACCGGAUUCACUUAAAGAAAUAGAUAGCUAUAAUAUAUUGGGCAUAGCGGCGCUGGAACAAGAGCCAGUCUCUCAUGAAUUCUCUCAUAGAAAGUUCGAUACAAAUCCUGCGCCGUUGUCUCUAUUCAUUAAUAUGUAAGCCACAACAGUUAAAACUAUAAUUCGUCGCACCAUAAGCGUCAGUAAACCGUAUUUUCCAUAUGAUAUUAUAAUGAUAUUGUAAUUAAUGACUUGUUAGUGAAUUGUAUACUGUAUAAUAUGUAUUUACACUUUCUAUUAUAUCGGUAGUAGUAUGUUGUUGACUGGAGUGACCGUAAAUUCGUCGGGGCACACAAUUCUCAUAACUCAGCUAAUAUGUGUGCUCUUUGUAAUAAUGAUUUGCCAUCGACAAGUAAAAUACGCACAAAACCUAAGUAUUAACUGACUAUAAAUGCCUAAAAUACAUCUAAGACGAUUUUAAAAACUACCAGUCCAACAUCAGUUUUGAUAAUUCUCGGCAAAAUUAAGUAGAAAGUUCAAAAUUUAAAAUUAUUAUAAAAAUAAUUAAUGCUAAGCAAGCGAUACCUCAAUAGUUGAUAAACGUAUGAAAAUGCACUUUCUAAGUAAUUUCCAAUCUUUUAAUCAAUCAUUUGUUUUUAUUUACAAAGUUAAAAAAGAAACGUUAAAAUUAUGCGUUGGCAACAUUCGUGUACCAAUUCCAAUUUUAAAAAAGAACCGUUUCAAAAUUCAAUUCGACAUUCGACAGCUCUGCACAGUCUGCGCUGUGGCAACUAUUUAAGCCUUUAACUGCCAUCCGAAAACUGUUAAAGGCAAAUCUAACGUAGGUCACCGGUGACCUACGUGGCAAUUAACGUGUUAACUAUAGACUUUAACCCUCUUUGUUUGUGUAAUUUUAGUAUUAAAUCUAGUUGAGGGAGUGUGAAACCAUCUUACCGUCCCAAUGUACCUUAGUGCCAACUGUGUGUUUGUACUAAAGACAUUUCGUUAAUUAGGAAAAUAUUCAGCUCAAUCUUCACAGUAUUUACUAUUUCCUAUUUUCUGGAAUAUAUCCUAUUCCCUUCUCGUUCUUUCAAAGAAUGUACGAGUAAAAUGCAUGUUUGGUGUGUCAAUCUUAAAUUUAUAAAUAAAUGUGAAAAGUGUACACUAUAAUAAGUCAAAAUUAAAACUACAUAAUGAAAUUGUCUGCUAUCAUUAUGCAGCUCUUGGUAUCACGUAGUUCUAUUUCGGCUAUAAAUAUUAUAAUGAAAUACUUAAAUAGUUUUUAAAAGUGAUAAUUUGUAUGUGCACAAUUAAAAUCUAUUUUGAAUGUACUCAUUGUCAGGAAAAAAAGUAAACUCCACUUUGUAAGCAAACAAACUUGUUUAUUAUACUUUUUUAAAACAUUAUUGAUUUUCCAAGAAAAUCCAAUCUAAACCUACAAUCAGAUUGUUGUAUGUAAUUUAGAAAAAUAACAUGUUUUGUUACUUAUUUUUAAAUACAUAUAAACACAUUUUCUAUUAUUUGUCUAUGAAUAAAAUUAAGAACGCACGAUAAAACUAGAAUUCGAUAACUUUCAGAACAUGUAUUUUAUUUUCUACUUUAUUUUAUUGUGAUUGUAAAUGAAUUUAAAUAAUUAUUGUAUUUACUAUUAUUGAUAAGGAUUACUCCGGUUUCAUGAAGAGAAGAUAAUAAUCUUUUGUAAUUAAGAUGGUUGUCGGUAUCGAGAUCGACAUUUUUACCGAUUAAUCGGAUACACGUGUUCAAUUACAAAUGUUAAUAUCUAAUUUUCAUGUGAACCAGAGAUUGAUAUUAUGUAGCCUAGUAUUAUGACACUAUAUUGUACCUAAUUGAAACAAAUUAUAAAAAAGCAACAAAAAAUUAAAACGAAUUUAAUUCGUCUGUUGAUAUUAAAUUAUUACUAUAUUAGCAA